CUUAAUUGGAGCUGAGAGAGCAGGGCUUCCCUCACAGCCAGCCCCCCGCCUUUUGGCGCAUGCGCAGUAGAGGGAACCUCCUCAGGGCGGAUGCCCAGAAGAGUCAGGACUCGGAGGGUCCAGUGCCUGGGUCACGUCUCUCUCUCUCUCUGGACGUUUAAACCAUGUCCAAGUCUUUGAAAAAAAUUGUGGAGGAGAGUAGGGAGAAGAACAUCUUGGAGGUAGACAUGUGUGAUCGAGGCAUCUCUAACAUGCUAGAUAUACCUGGUUUGUUCACCCUGUCACACAUUACACAGCUGGUCCUCAGCCACAACAAGCUCACAACUGUGCCUCCAAACGUUGCAGACCUAAGGAAUUUAGAGGUACUUAACUUUUUCAACAAUCAGAUUGAGGAGCUACCAACUCAGAUUAGUAGCCUUCAGAAGCUGAAACACUUGAACCUUGGGAUGAACAGACUCAACUCUUUGCCACGAGGAUUUGGCUCCUUACCAGCACUAGAGGUUCUGGACUUGACUUAUAAUAACCUAAAUGAAAACUCCCUUCCUGGAAACUUCUUCUAUCUAACCACCCUACGUGCACUCUAUCUAAGUGACAACGAUUUUGAAAUCCUGCCACCAGAUAUUGGGAAGCUCACAAAGUUGCAGAUACUUAGUCUUAGGGAUAAUGACCUGAUAUCACUCCCGAAAGAGACUGGUGAACUUACCCAGCUUAAAGAACUUCAUAUUCAGGGGAACCGUCUUACUGUGCUGCCUCCUGAACUAGGAAACUUGGAUUUGACUGGUCAGAAGCAAGUCUUCAAAGCAGAAAAUAAUCCCUGGGUCACUCCUAUUGCGGAUCAGUUCCAGCUGGGUGUUUCACACGUGUUUGAAUAUAUUCGUUCAGAAACAUACAAAUAUCUUUAUGGAAGACACAUGCAGGCAAACCCUGAACCUCCAAAGAAGAACAACGACAAGUCCAAGAAGAUCAGUCGUAAGCCUCUAGCUGCCAAGAACAAAUAAACCACCAACAAUAUGCCAUUCUUGUAAGACUUGUUUUGCAUGUGCCUUGUUUUUUAAACAUAUUAUUUACCAAAAUGAGUUGUUUUUUUAUAAACUAAAAGGAAGAAUAUCUUUUUUAUAUAUAGCACAGCUAUUCACAAAGUAUAUAUUGCCUUGGUUAAUUAAUCCAUUAUUGUAAGUAUUACCAGUUAACAGCUUAAAUCAUGCAGUCAUUUAAUCUGCCAUAAAUCACUUUAUCUAUUCUUGAAACAUGUGGGAAACAAGGGAGGGAUAUAACUUAACUAAUUCAUACCACCAGCUAAAAUUGAUUAUUCCACCAGACCAUGUAUCACUCAUAUUUUAUGCAAUGCUCUUAAAUUUAUUAAUAAAAACCAUUUUGUACCAUG